ACAGUGAUCUACUGGUCAGGCAGGAGAAAACACGCUGGGAAUCUGCUCCUAAAAGAAACUUGGUUUGAAAAAGCCCCGCCCUCCUUCUGCCUCUUCUGAAGCCUUAUAACCAGAUGCCCGUUCUUCGGGCGCAGAUAUCCAAGAAAGGCACUGGAGUGGACCAGAGUUACGCACAGAUCCUGGAGACCAGAGUGAAAAAAACUGACGGAAUAUAUUUACACGUUUGUGACAACAUCCCUGUUGAGGAAGAAAUGGAUUUUUUGAACCACAACUACUUGAGUGCGCGCACCUCGUACGACUACACCUUUAAUUUUUGGAAUGACUAUCUCGGGCUGUCCACGCUGGUCACGAAGAAUAAGCACAGCGUCCCCCAGAAUCCCAACUCCAUAACGGAGUCGCUGAAAGCCACCUUGGGUUUGGACGACACCCCUCCGUGCCCGUGCGUAAUCGCGGCCGGUGGCGACGCCGAAAGCGGAGGGCACCUGGACUCGUGCUGCUGCACCCCGCCUGCCUCCAUCUCCAUUCUGGACCUGAAAGAGCGCUUCUCUAUCCUUAGCCCGUUUCAGAACCAGGGCACGGGGGGGCUGCUGUCCUCCUCUCCGGAGCGGGAGAUGGGCAUGGGAGGGAGCUUCGCCGGAUUUGAUCUGUUCGGUGUGGAGAGGAAGAUGAGGAAACCGCCUGCGCGGAAUAAGCAAGAGCCCAAGAUCUGCGUCUUCUGUCGGAAUAACGGCGCGCCCGAGGAGGUUUACGGCUCCCACGUCCUGAAAACCCCGGACGGGAGGGUGGUGUGUCCCAUCCUGCGGGCGUACACAUGCCCCCUAUGCAGCGCCAACGGGGAUAACGCACAUACAAUAAAAUACUGCCCUCUCUCCAAAGACCAGCCUGCCCAGAGAGUGCUGAAGGGAGGCAGAGCUGUGGGUGGUAAGCGAGUGAAAAUCUUCUAAAAGAGACUGAAGAAGAGUAAAUCUAGACUUACAUUAUUGCACUGAACAUUUCUAUUAAAAUGACUGUUCUGAUUGCGGCUUUCCAAGUCUUAACUACUAGGCAACAUGAUUUAUUAAACAAAGAAGAUAUCAAUGUUUUUGUUAAGAAUACUUAUAUUUUUAUAGAUACUUUAUUUCCAUAGUUUAUUGCAUACUUUAUUCAUAAAAAGCUAUUUUUUUCCUUUUCACGCAUAGAUUUAGAUGUUUAUUCAUUGAAAAUUCAUACUCACGUUUUGUGUUUUUUGUUUGUUUUUGGGGGUGGGGGGCAAUGAUAACUAAAAAAAUGUUAUUUUUGUUUAAAAUGGGAGACGUGAAUGUUAGCAUAUACACCAGAGGAGUUACUCUUCUGUCAAACUCAAGUAUUUUUUUUACUGUAAGCCAAGCUUGCACCACAUUUGUGUCUUUUAAACCAAAGUUUAUUUUUUGCCAUGAAUCGAUUUUAAGAAUGUUCCACACGACACGUCGUCACACUUGUAGUCGACAGGAGUUUAAACUAAAGUUUAGUCCUAUUCCUCUGCAGUCCACUCCAAUAUUUAUCUUUCUCUAGGCUCUGACAUUUAAUACGCGCACGGACGCGCAGAGCAACACAAUAGAGUCUCUGUUGCGCGUUCAUGUUCUCAGCAUAACUUCAUAAUCGGCAAGAUUAUUUCCAACUACACUGACAGAGCCAGACUGGGUAACAUUUUACAUUACAGGGUCCAUGUUACACACAUUUCAUGCAAAUAAAAUUGAUUAUGUUACUAGCAAAGUAAAGCAGCUCCAAAAAUAAAGUUCACAUGCCUAUCUGUUGCACAUCAGUAACACAUUGUAACAUGAACAAUUUAAUGUAAUGUGUGGCCGUAGGUGCCCAAACUCUGUGAGGUGCCCUUUCAAUGUUUACACCCCAAGUAGGGGAACACACACUGGAGAGAAACAAAUCCAAAUGGGUGCCUCUCUUAGCUUGAUAUCAUCUGCUCAACCCUUCUCACAAAGUUCACCUUUCUCCAAAACAUCAAGUGGGUGGGGAAAGGAAAAGGCGUAUGAAAAACAACACUUUGACCAUUCUUAAAGGUCCACAGUGGAUAAAGCACGAAUUGUUUUUUUAAUAAAAAAGAUUUUUGUAAAAAACAAUGCAUUUGCCCCUUUUUGCAUUAUGUACAAGAAUAAAUCCCAAACUUGGAAAUGAGAAAAGGAUGCAAAAAUAUUGUGAAUGUACAAUUGACACUUGCAGGACUGCACAUUUCUGACAGUUAUGUUUACCAAAGGAUUUCCAAUGUAAUGAAGUACGGAACAUACGUUUGCUGUAUUGUAAAUAAUUACCGAAAAAUGGAAAAGAAUUAAGUGAUGUCUAUUCAGUAUUUUACUGUUAAAAGUGACUUCAGAGGGAACUACCUCACCAGGAUUUUGUACUUACAUGUAAAAUGUCAACAGCAGUUUAUUAAUAUAGUGUGCCAUUUAUAACAAGGGUUUAUAAUAGUAUUUUUGAUCUUUGUAUAACAUAAUUGUAUUUUUUUUCUCUGUGCAUUCUACAGAUAAAAAGUGAAAUCCCAAUAAGCUCUAAGCAUUGUUUGCUAAAAGAUGACAGCUGUACAUAAUAUUAAGAAUGAACGAUAUCAUACAUUUUAAGUUUCUGUUCAAUGUUGCAUUCUUGAAUAGCACGAGAUAGCGGCUGAUAAUUAAAUGUCAAAGACAAUUUGCCACUUUUAAGGUUUGUAAAAGAGUAAAAAAGAAACACUGUUGAAUUUUCUUAUUUAUAUUUUGUCACAAUUCCCUGUAUGCUGCUGUGCAGAAAUUAAAGAGAUGAAUUCACUAGAUAAAUAAACAGCUUAUGAAAUGGAUAAACUGG